UUUUGGAGACGAAUUGGAUGUAAUUCAUUGGAAGAGGACAAAAAAAGGUUUAGCUGCGAACGAAGGAAAAUAAAAAAACCCCAAAUCUGCAGUUCCUUCUGUUCUUUCGAUUUCUUCAGCCUUCAAUUCAUUCUUGAAUUUUGUACGAGCACACCUGCUUCAGAUUUUGCUCUCGGAACAGGAUUUAGGGUUAGGGUUAGGGUUAGGGUUGAGUUUUUGCGUCUCUCGUUUAGUUCUAAAGAUGUAUGCUGAUCGAUUGGAUGCCGACACUCAUAGGUCUAUAAAGGACCGCCUCAAUGGAAAUUCGUCUGACCUUUCUGCCCGCCGGCGGCCGAUUACUGGGAAGAGGCAAAGACAAGAUGACAAGUGGGAGCAUGAUCUCUACGAGAAUGAUGAACCACAAACUUCAAAUCGCAAAGUUGGUGCUCGAGAUCUUCGCUUGAAGCUCCAAAAGAGAAGUCAACAGCAAAGUGGAAAUUCAUCCUUUUCAGGAGUCCGUGACCUACGUGAAAAGUUGUCUGGCACAAUGAAGCCUCAAGCUGUGAAUAGUGAUCCACCAAAACCAAAAUUGGAUGGUUCAAAACCGACCAGAAAAAAUGAUUCCGUUGAAGCUCGCCCUUCAACCACUCAAAAAGUUGUAGCCAACCCUGCUACUAGGAAAAAGGCUUCUCAGAAGAGUGAUACGUCAGUGGAUGACUUCCUGCAGUCCUUGGGCCUUGAAAAAUAUUCCAUCACAUUUCAAGCUGAGGAGGUUGAUAUGACAGCGCUUGUACACAUGGGUGACGAAGAUCUCAAGGCUUUAGGAGUACCAAUGGGACCAAGAAAGAAGAUCCUGUUGGCAUUGGAAUCAAGAGUCUGAACCAUGGAAAGUGAGUGGAGUAAACUCCUGUUCGCCAGUGUUUUAUUUUAUACCAGCCGUGAAUACUACUGUGAAGAACAAGUAGGGGCCGUCGGCCAUUGUAACUCUGGUUUCCUCUUUUCAUUUUUUUCUUUGGCUUCCAUUUUUUCGCUGCUUGAUGUGAAGGACCUUAAAAAUGUUUAGCUAUGAAUAGAAAAAUGGGAUUCAGUAUAUAUAGCGGCUCAGCUGAGAGCAACUCUCUUUUGACACACUUUCCAUGGCCAUCAGCGUUUGAGGUAUUAAGGUCUCUCCUGCUUUUGUGGUGCCUUUCAGUGUUUCAAUAUUCCAUACUUUGUUAUAAACAGCACUGCAGAGUUUUUAGGCAAUUUGUAAUGUUAAAAACUAGUCAUUUCGAUCUUUGUACUUCGAAUUUUA